AUGAUUGAAGUCCCGACCGCACAUGCAGGUUUGUCGAUCGAUUAUUUCUACCCCGGUGGACCUACUCUUGGAGACGACGCAGUCGAUGCCUGGGAGCUGAAAGCGUCGCGGAGGGCCCUCCGGAACUUGCGAACCCUGCUCGCCGGACAGCCAAUGCUUAAUCUCAUUGCGAAGCAAAUUGAGGAGGCCGAUGAAUACUACAAAAGCAUUAUCGCCGAAUCCCAGGGCCAGUAUAAAGAGUCUCGCAUUGAUUUGAAGGUCAAGGGGCUUACUGUUGGCCAAUUUAUGACCUGGCAGAGAGAGUGGGUGGAGGAUCUCAAGACACAUGAAGGGAAAAGGGGCUUUUAUCUCAACACAAUGGUCCCAGCGCACCCAGAGCACUACGCUCUCCCUGAUUACCCGAUAGGUAUCAUCGAGACCAUUGGGGAGCAUAUAGCUCGCGUUCGUCUUCACAACGACAGCACCUUCCCUGACUUCAUCCUGGAGUAUGCCGACCCGUCUUAUUCGAACGUGAACGCGUUACAUAUGGUCAACGAAACUCAGUACACUGUCAUCCUUCUCUUGAGCCUCGGCGUUGCGUCAUCCGGAGCGACGUCAGAUGGUCAAUGCCAGAUCACACCGACCGACAAGCGAAGGCUUUUCGUGCUCACUGAUAUCGCCAAUGAGCCCGAUGAUGCGCAGUCGCUUGUUCGCCUCCUUGUCUACUCGAACGAGUUCGAUAUUCAAGGAAUAGUUGCUACCACGAGUGUGUGGCUCAAUGACACUACUCGCGCCGACCAAAUCUAUGGCAUCCUUGACGCAUACGAGGAGGUGCUGCCAAAUUUGCGGAAACAUGCGGAUGGCUAUCCUGAGGCAGCCUAUUUGAGAGGCUUGGUCACCUCUGGCCUACCUGUCUAUGGUAUGGACGGCGUUGGCAGUGCAAAGGAUAGUGACGGCUCGAAGCUGCUGGUCAGUGCCGUCGAUGCCUCUGAUGAGCCUACCUGGGUACUUGUAUGGGGUGGUUCAUCUGUUCUCGCACAAGCCUUGUGGCACGUCAACGCCACACGAUCAUCCACCGAGGUCGAAAAGUUCGUCUCAAAGCUACGUGCGUAUGCCAUUUCCGACCAAGAUAAUACUGGCAUCCCCAAUAUCCGGAAUGGGGCUCGUGGGGUGGCCGAUAUGGGCCAGUCAACUAUGGAGAAGGACAUUUUGCCGAUACUGUAG